AUGGUUGAUCUUACUCCACCACCUCCUGCUCCAGUUUCAAAUGAAAGCUACAAUUCUAAACCUCCCAUCUUUAAUGGUAAUGAUCAAGUAAAGGAAACCAAGGCGCUGGCCUUGAUUCAGAAGUAUGAAGCUUUCAAAAUGGAAGAUGAAGAAACUAUUGAGACGAUGUUCUCAAGAUUUCAAACCUUAGUUGCAAGACAAAGAGUUCUGAAUAAAGGAUACUCCACCUCAGAUCACAUAAAGAAAAUUAUCAGAAGCUUUACAUCUAAAUGGAGGCCUGUGGUAACUGCACUUAAGCUUACAAAAGAUCUGAAUAACACUUCUCUAGAGGAAAUGGUGAGUUCUCUAAGAAGUCAUGAGAUUGAGCUAGAACAAGAUCAACCUCAGAAGAAGGUAAAAUCUAUUGCACUCAAAUUUGUCACAAGUUCUGAGAAGUCCAUGGCUCUUCAAGCCAAAGAGAUCGAGGAUUCUGACGAAGAUUCUAAUGGUAUCGAAGAUGAUUUGUUUCUGCUAUCUAGAAGGGUUAACCUUCUCUGGAAGAGAAAUCAAGGAAACAAGUUCAGAGGUUUUAGAAUGACUGAUGGUCGCUUAGAGUCUACUUCUGACCAAAGAAAGUCUAGUGGCAAAGAAGUCAUUUGUUAUGAAUGCAACAAGGCGGGACACCUCAAGUACGGAUAUCCUGAACUACAGAAGGACAAUUCCAAGAAGAAAGCUUUACAAAGCAAGAAGAAAAGGUUGAUGGCAACUUGGGAAGACUCUGACUCCUUAGAAGAUGAGUCUCAAGAAGAUCAGGCCAACAUAGCUCUAAUAGCUUGCGUAGGAACUUCAGAAGCAGAGAUCCCUUCAAAAGGCAAAGCUGGCUCAGAAUCAGGUGAAGAAGAGGUAACCCUCAAAGAGGUAUUUUCUGAUCUUUCUCAUUUAAAAUUGUGUACAUCCUUAACCGAAAUUCUGAAAAGACAUGAGUUACUCAAGAUUGAUUUCAAAGAACUUAAAAAAUCCCAUGAAUUCAUAUCUUUUGAAAAAAGCAAGGUUAAGGAAUAUCUCUUUAUUUUAAAUGAAGAUAUUUUCUUUCUUAAAGAUGAGAACUUUUCACUCAAAGGCACGAGAGAUCCUCCAGAAGCUUCCGAGAGUACUGAUUAUGUCAUUAAAAAAUAUGACAAAGCUUUUCAAAAGUUCCUAUUCAGAAGCAUAGGGAGAAGCACGUUGGCUUCUUUGAUAUAUGGCGUAAGCAAAAAUGGGGCAGAUGUCUCACAAACUAAACAACAGAACCUUUGUAAGAGAAACAUUAAAUCAAGCAUGUCAUCAUCUUCAUCAAUGACAUUGAAAGAUUCUUACAUUGUUACACCAAAGGAACCAACAUGGUGUGGUUGUUUACCAUUAUCCGAAUGGAGUCAAGUAGGAAUGAUAACUCACGUUCCACUUAUUUACUUUUACCGCCCCCCGCCAAAUUGGCUUAUCCCCCCUACUAAAAUUGCCACCACCUUGAGACACUCAUUAAGCAAAAUUCUAGUUCAAUUUUAUCCACUUGCUGGUCGUUUACAAAGGAAAAGUAAUGGUCGUUUUGAUCUAGAAUGCAAUGCAAUGGGUGUUCAAUUCAUGGAAGCUGAAACAUCGUUAGCAUUAUCUGAUCUCGGUGAUUUUUCACCUUCUUCGAAUGAUUAUUGCCAUUACCUUUUCCCGCGCGUUGACUAUACGCUCCCAAUGCAAGAGCUUCCUUUGCUUAUUGUUCAACUCACAAAAUUCACAUGUGGUGGCAUUAGCAUUAGUUUCUUAAUCUCUCACAUAGUUAGUGAUGGACAGAGUGUGACGCAUUUCAUUUUUGAAUGGGCUCAACUUGCACGUGGAGAAUCUUUGAAAAGGGCGCCAUUUCUCGAUAGAAAUGUGUUGCAUGGUGGAGAACCAUGCAAUAAUGCCAGCGGAUGGGAGUAUAAUCAACUACCGCUUUUGUUGGAAAAUUUGGAUAGUAAUGUUGAUGAAAGGAAGGAGAAAACAAAAAAUGCUAUACUCAAAGUGAGUGAAAAACAAGUUGAAAAGUUGAGAAAAAUAGCGAAUGAGAGUUGGAAUAAAUCUAGUAAUGAUCGAGAUUAUUCAAGGUAUGAAACGAUAACCGCUCAUAUUUGGAGAAGUGCAUGUAAAGCUAGAGGCCAUAAAAAUGACCAACCAACUGCGAUUGGUGUUUGUGUUGAUUGGAGGAGUCGCGUUAAACCUAAUUUACCAAAAGAGUAUUUUGGAAAUGCAAUAUUAGAUGUGUUGGCUACUAGUAUGGCUGGUGAUUUGAUGUCUAAGCCAUUAGGAUAUGCUUCAAGUAGGAUAAGAGAAGCAAUAGAGCAAGUAAAUGAUGAGUAUGUGAGGUUGGGGGUUGAGUAUUUUAAAAAGCAACAUGAUUUGACUAAGUUUCAAGAUAUUCAUGAUAUAGGGAGUGGUGAAGAGGUGUCUUUUUAUCGAAAUCCUAAUUUAGGGGUGGUUAGUUGGUUGGAAUUACCAAUUUAUGGAAUGGAUUUUGGAUGGGGAAAAGAGAUUUAUAUGGGGCCAGGAUUUCAUGAAGAACUUGAGGGAGACUCGUUGAUUCUUCCUAGUCCUCAUGAUGAUGGGUCUUUGUUGAUUUAUAUGUGUCUGCAAGAGGACCAUAUGGAUAAAUUUAAGAGACAUUUUUAUCAAGGUGCUGAGUUUGAAUUCCUUCAAGGACGAUUGUAAAAGAAUUAUUUAUGGCAGUUAAAUUUUCUCUUUCAACGA